AUGAAUCCAUCAUUCUCCUGCACACCCGUCAGCGCUACCACUCAUCUUGCCAGCAAGCUCCUCGACUUCAAGAUCCACGUCACCGGCAGCUGCUUUGACCACGACUCGUUCAUCACCGCAGCUCCUCCCAUCACACUGCAAAGCCAUCAACGGAUCGGGGACCAAGAUCUACUCGCCAACUACGCGAUUGAAAUCCCUUCGAAUGUCCGGUGGGACAUGGUAGAAGCGAAAGCCCACCGACUGCUGGGUUCAGACGAUUUCUCCGUCGACGUUGAGAAGAAGAUCGCCUUGUACGAUGCAUGUCACGCGUUCGCCACCAAGAUCGUGACUUCACAGUCCGCUCGCACUUCCCCCGCCCAAGGCGUCGAAGAUGCAUGGGUUGCGUACAAGGCGAAGAAUACGGACUCUCCACUUCCGGACCACAUCCUGUGCACGUUCACCUCCACCAGGCCGGAGGGAGCAGACGGGGAGGAGAAGACGGAGGAGACUGAGCGAGUGCUGUGUGACUACGUGACCGCGCAGGCGAUCCCCUCCAUCGGAUGCAGAGCGGAGCUCACAGCCAGUCUUUGCAACACUGCUGGCAAGUCGAGAAUCACCAGGACGGCUUGGAAGAUUGGCGAAGCAGGGCAAACAGAGGUCAGCGCUGGUGGAGUCCUGCUGGCUGUGGGCCACAAACCGUUUGAGUUUUUUUCGCCAGGAGGAGUGAAGAAAGCAGUGGAUGCUCUUCGGAGCACAGAGUUCGACGUCUUCCAGGGGGAGUCUGAGGCUGAUAGCUGCGCCACGCACCUGCGAGACGACUUCCUGGCGGCCUCGUUGGAGGGCAGCGCAUUCUACGGUGUGCCCAUCAUCAUCCGGAUGGCGCCCACGCAGCAAUGA